UGGGCGGGUCAGGGUUAGAAGUUGAUGGGGGGGAGCCGGGGAGUGGUUCCUUAGGCUAGGGCCUUGAGUCCUUGCACAGGGCGAGCAGGUGAAAUCGUGGAACGGAUUGCACGCCUCGGUAACUCCUUUCCCCGGUAAUCCUUUGUGGUUUUAUAAAAGGUAGAAAACUGUAAGUUCUGUAAGUGCCUGGCACCUUCAGUGUCAUCCAGAAAUUAGUUUUAAUGCAAACUGCAGUUAGCUCCGAUGUACGCAGCGCCUAUUCCCUUUUCAAAUUAUUAUCAUUUGCAGUGCUGAGUGUGGUUCCCAGGGCGGUUUCUGGUAUAGUGAGCAAGUGCUCUAUCGUGGAGCUAGCCACACUCCUCACCCCCCACGCCCCCAUUAUCAUUGCCUUGUGUUUUUUCAGUACUAGAAAUUUAACCUAAGGCCUUAGGCAUUCUAAACAAGUGCUGUACCACUAAACUGUAUCCCCAGCCCUUGUUUUACUUAUUAGUGGAGACAGGGUCUCAUUAAAUUGCCAAGGCUAACCCUUGAACUUCCUUUAUAGCCCAGGCAAGCCUUAAACUUUCAAUCCUCCUUUCUCGGGUGGGGGUGGGAUGUGUACCACUUUUGUUGUUGUUGUUGCUAUAAAUCGUAAUUAUCUGACAAGGAAAUCAAUGGUUUUCUAUUUCAGGGGCAGCUCGCAAAUACCAUAUUUGAAUGUGAAACUUUUUGGUUUAUUUUCAUAUUAGUAAAAUGAGUUUCCUCUGGUUUCGUAGAGCAAAAUUAGCUGGUAGCAGAACUGAAAAAGAAAGGGAAGCGACUGCCUCUGUUCUUGUUUGUAACUUGGGCUCUCUCCACCAGGAAGAAAACCCAGACAACGAUCCUGUUAUAGGAGUUCACACACACACACACACACACACACACACACACACAUACACACACACACACACACACAGAACAAAAAAAUACCAGCAUGUCGUGUUCCACGCUGUUUAAAAUGAGAUUAGUUCAUUUGGACCUCAAAGGAGCGCCACCAAAGGUUUCGUAUCUGUCUGAGGUUUUUCCCCUGUUCCAUGCACUCGGUGCAAAUGGACUCCUCAUUGAGUAUGAAGACAUGUUUCCCUAUGAAGGUCACCUGAGGCUGCUGAGGGCCAAGCAUGCAUACAGCCCCUCUGAAGUUACAGAGAUCCUGCGCCUGGCCAGACUCAGUGAGCUGGAAGUUGUUCCCUUGGUGCAGACAUUCGGACACAUGGAGUUUGUGCUAAAGCACGCAGCAUUUGCACAUCUCCGUGAAGUGGCUCUCUUCCCCAACACCCUGAACCCUCACGAGGCUGAGUCUCUGGCAUUGGUAAAAGACAUGAUUGACCAGAUUCUGGAGCUACACAGGGGUGUCCGGUGGCUCCACAUUGGCUGUGAUGAGGUCUACUACUUGGGCGAGGGAGAGACCUCAAAACAGUGGCUACAGCAGGAACAGAACAGCCACGCAAAAUUGUGUCUGUCCCACAUGCAGGCAGUGGCCAGCCAUGUGCUGGCGCAGUACCCUGGCACAACACCCUUGGUGUGGGAUGACAUGCUACGGGACAUCCCCCAGGAACAGCUAAAAGCAUCUGGGGUGCCUCAACUGGUGGAACCUGUGCUCUGGGACUAUGGAGCUGACCUGGAUGUCCACAGCAAAAUCUUCCUCAUGGGAAAGUACCAAGAGUGUGGCUUCCAGAGGCUGUGGGCUGCCAGUGCCUUCAAGGGGGCAACAGGGGCUAGUCAGGCCCUACCCCCUGUUGAGCAUCACAUUAGAAACCAUGAGCAGUGGCUACAGGUGGCAGGCAGUGGGCCAGUGGAUAGUCUGCAAGGAAUCAUCUUAACUGGCUGGCAGAGGUACGACCACUUUUCUGUGUUGUGUGAGCUGCUCCCUGUGGGAAUCCCAUCCUUGGCUGCCUGUCUACAGUCACUUGUACAUGGCGGCUUUGGUGAAGACGUUAAGCUGCGAGUGGAGCACUUCCUUGGGGUUUCAAGCCUGGAAACAAUGGAUCCUGUGAGUGAGGGAGCUGCCUCCUUCCCUGGCAGUGACAUCUAUGCCCUCGUCACACAAAUUAGUCUCCACCUGCGCAGCUCUGUGGAUAUGCUUCUGGAAAGGAACAGGUUUGUCACUGGCUGGUUCAGCCCCUACCAUCGCAGGAGGAAGCUUAUUCACCCAGUUAUGAUCCAGCACAUACAGCCAGAGGCACUCAGCCUUCUGAGCAGGUGGAGCAACCUUGUGCAGCAGUUGGAGGCAGCCCUGUCGCUGACUUUCUACCCAGACACCAUAGAGGAGUGGCUGGAGGAGAAUGUGCUCCCGAGUCUGCAGCGACUGCAGGGUCUAUUGCAGGACCUGGAUGAGGCAGCUGCCCCACUGCCACCACCCACCAGCCCAGACUGGGACACAGGUCAGAACCCCUGAGGGGCUGGAGCUCUGGAUAUCAGCCCAGAUAGCACCAAGAUUCCUGCCUCAGUGCCCAGCCAUGUGGGGGCUGUGGCCAGACUGCUCCCAAACUGCAUAGUUACCUUGAGCAAAGCAGAAAACAGAAAAAGGCACAUGGAGACUCAUUUGCAAUCUGCAUGUAGAGCUUUAUUAAUUAUGAAAUAAAAAGACCAGUAGAAGCAGAAA